UUGUGUAUUUAUAAUCAAAAUUUGAUAUAUUUUUCAUACAUGCUAAAAUACAAAAUAUAUCCUAUAAAAAUAUGGUGGAUUAAAUUUGUUUUUUUUUUUGAUUUUUUUGAUAAAAUAUGUUUUCUUAACGUUUUUUAAAUUUUGAUCCGAGUUUUGAAAAAUGAGAUUUAUUUAUUAUAACAAAUUUUUGAUAUGAAUUUGUAUUUUGAGAUUGUUGUACAUUAUUAUAUUAGAAAGACAUAUUAUUUAAACUUUUUUUAUAAAAAACAAUUUAUAAAUUAAUUUAUCUGAAACUUUUCUGACCAAUUAUAUAACUCUUUAUUAGGCAUGUACAUUUACUCGGAACAAAAAGAGAAAAAAAAAACAAACCUAAAAUACAUGUUUGCUUUGGGAAAAUACCUAUUUUAUAUUUUUUUGACCCGUGGGUCUCUGUUCGAGUCUAGGAUCCCGUACAUAAAGGACCCAAAUAUUUUUUUAUAUACUAGGUAUAUAUGUGUAUUUCAGAUAUGUUUUUUUGGCAUUAUAUCUACUUUUUAAGUUUUUGGUUUGAAUUUUCGGUUAUAGUUUUGGUUUCAGAUAGAACUUAAAAAAUUUUAAAAUAUAUUUUAGGUAUUCAGAUAAAAUUUGGGUGUUUUUUUGGUUCUUCGGAUUAGAUUUCUUGUAAAAUUUUGGAUCUUUCUAAAUAUUUGAUUUUUUUUUAUAUUUCUUUGUGUUUUUAAUAUUUUUUGUGUUUUCAGGUAUUUUGAAUAUCCGAACCAAUCGAGUCCAUUACAUAACUAAAAUUUGCAGGUAUGUUACAAGUAUUUAUAUAAUGGACUCGAACCCACCCGGAUCCGAAAUGAACUGAAUCGAACCCUAACCCAAAAUUUUUCUAAAACCCGAAAAGAAUCGAUCCGUACCCCAUCAAAGACCCGAAUGCCCAUGCUUACUCUCUCAUUAUAUUUUGUAUACAUUUAUAGGAAUUACAUUUAUUGAGUUGGUUAGAUUUAAAUUUGAUACAUUUUUUAUUAUAAAUACUUCUUAUAAAAGUUAUUUACAUAAUAUAUAUAAUUUUGUUUUGAACAUAUGGUUUGCAAAAGUGUUUUAAUCAAAUUGAUUUUGUAAAUAUUUAGAACUAUAUAAUGUAAGAUGACAUGGUAUAAUAUGUUGUAUGAUAUAUGCUAACUCAUUUUAAUAAUUAAUUCUAAAUAUUGUAGGUCUAUUAUUGAGCAUAAGACAAGGUGUAUAAUAUUAUUUCGUAAUAACCAUAACAUUGUGCGAUAAAAUAUUUUUAGAAAAAGUGCAUCACAUGAAUGAGGAGUAAUAAUAGGAUUCAUUUAAAAUAUCGCAUGGUUAGAAAAAUUAAUUGUAGAACCAAAAAGUAAUAAAUACUAAUACAUGAAUCCAACAAUUUUUUACAAUAAUUUUUCAGAAUGAUUUUCUUUCAAUAGUUUAGACGAAUUUUCUACGUAGUCAUGAGAUUUUUGCUUAAACAACAUUGGUGUAUAUUUUAUUCGAACCAUUGGUGUAUUUUCUACGUACUGUCCGUCCAAAGUCUUAAUAGAAUAGUAGUCUCUGUUGUACAUAUUUUAUUCGAACCAUUGGUGUAUUUGUACGCUUAUGCCCUUUCGGAAAGAUUAAUAAUAUGAUGACAAAAAGGAAGAUUAAUAAUAUAUAUUUUCUAUUAAAAAUUAGUUUAGAUCAGUUUUAAAAUGUUAAAUCAUAUAUCUUGCUGUAAGUAAAUUUUGGAAAUAUUUGAAAUUUAUAAUAGUUUUGAUAAAUUAAAAUUGUUGAUAAAAAGUUAUAGAGAAUAUUUAAUUGGUUAAUGAUAGAAGAAUAACAUUAAAAUUUAAGACAUUAUAUUAAUCAUUUUUACUUAUGUAUCUCAUAAUUAUGAAAAAUAAAAGUUCAAAACAGAAACUAUCAUAGAUGGGCUGUUUGGGUAGAAGAUAUAUUAUUUGAGAAGUGAUUUCAUUAUGUGUCAUCAGACUCAUCACCAUAUUCAUUCUUACCAAAAAAUGAUAUGACAUUGAGAAAUUGUGAUAUGAUAUCACUUAAUGACAACAUGCAUAAUUUCUUUUAUAAUAAUAUCCAUAUUUUUGGCAAUUUUUUUAAUAUGGUAAUAACUGAUAAUUCUUAUAUCAAUCUUAAAAAAAAAACUACUUUUGUUUCAAGAUUUUUGAAAUCUUCUACACAUUAUUUGAGAAAUGAUUUGCUUAUCUCUUAUCACUAUAUUCAUUCUCGCCAAAAAAAUUAUAAGACACUGAGAAAUUGUGACAUGGCAUUACUUAAUUAUCACAUGUAUAUUUAAAAAAAAAUAAAAAUCCAUAUUUUUGGAAAGAUUUUUUUAUAAUAUAGUAAUAACUAAUAACUCAUACAUAAUUCACUAAAGUAAAUUUCUGUUACAAAAAAUUACCUUUGUCAAUAUUUUUUAAAUAUAGUAAUGACUAAUUAUUUGUUCAUGUUUUUAAAAUUUGGUAAAAAUAAAAUAAGUAAAUAUAUAUAUAUAUAUAUAUAUAUAUUAUCAAAUUUAAGUGUCCCUUACAAAUAUAAAACUAAAACAAUACUAAUCAAAUAUAUAUUUUGUUAAUAUUUAAUUGAAUAAUAGUUUUUUUUUAAUUAAUGGUUCAUUAAGUAAAUUAACAAAUUCAUUUUUGCUAGUUUAACAUAUUUUAAGUAAAUAAAAAAAUAUAUAUUAAAUUUAUAUAGAUUUAAAUAUAUAAUUUUAAAAUUAGGGAUGAUAUAAAUAUUUAAAUAAAUAGUCAUUAUGAUAUAAAUAAGUGUUAUUCUUAGAAAAUAUAAUUUUAAUUUUACCGAAAUUUAAAUAAAUAAAAAUAAAAUAAUCAAACUAAAUCAAAUGAAGCAAGAAUACAUAGAACUGUAUUUAUGAUUUUAUUUUUCUAAAUUUAUGAAGUUAAAUGUAAAAAUAAUAUUGUUAGAAUGUAAAACAACUAUUUCUAAAAAUUGAAAUAAAACAAUAUUUAAAAUAAUUAUUUUUGUGCAUAGCGCAAGAAGAGUCCUAGUAUAUAUAUGUAUAUAUAUAUAGUAUUUUUGUCAAAUUAAAAUUGGUAAGUUCCAAAAUAUUAUAUUGCAAAUUUUAAAUUACUUUGAUAAAUAAUAUAAUUUUUUUUUUUGAUUUUAUUCAAUACUCCUCAUGUUUCAGCAAGAUAAAUGUUUUUUUUUCUCUCUAAACUUGUUUUCAAAAAGAUAUAUGUCUUAUGUGUUCCUAUGCACUUUUUAUUGGUUAAUAACUUAAACAAAUUCAAAAAUAAAAUCAUGUAUUAAAAGACAAUUGGUCCAAAACUAUUGUAAACCACUAAAUAGAGAAAACAAUACAUUUAUAAUCAAAAAGUGAAGAUAUUUUCUUAAUAUGUGUAAAAAAACUAAAGCAAAUUUGAUACUAAUUAAGUUGUAUAAAACUUAAUUAGUAUACAACUUACAAAAUUGGCCACAAGUAAUUUAAAUCAAAUUAAGACUUCUUAAUUUGUAUACCAAUUAAGUUUUUCAAGUAAAUCUGUGGAAAGUAAAAAAAUAUGUAGCAAAAUCAAGUAAAUUAUAUUAUAAUUAUUUAUUUUUUUGCUUGAAAGGAAACAAAUAUGUGUGAAAAUAGUAAUUAAGAAUAAUAAAAGUUAAGUUAGGAAUAAAAUAAUAAAUUGGUGUCAAAAAAUUUGUUUCCCUAAAUAAAAGCAAUAUAUAAUUCAUGUUACCCUCAUACUCACAAGCCAUAAAUAACCAGAGAAAAAUUUCGCUUAUAUUUCAGAAACAAUAAUAGUAUAUCGUAAUUUAAGUAUAGAGAUGAAUUCAGCAAAACCAGUCUUCUUCUUGUUCAUGUUCCUUCUAUAUGCCUUCUGUAUGACAACAACAGAAAGCAAAUGUUACGAUGACAAAGAUUGCAAAAACGUGAAGCUACCGUGUCGGGGGCCUCUCGCAUGUGUGUAUCGUGGCUGCAUUUGUACGUACCUGGAUAAGCCACUCGACAUUCCCAAUUCUCAAAUCAAACGUGCGCAUUCCGGGAAAAAAGUUAUAAACCUCCAUGAUUCUAGUGUUUAACCAUUACGUCUGUUGUGACAGAUAACAUAAAAAUGUGACAACAAUAUAAUUUGCAAAUGUUGAAUGAAAAAAGUAUUUAAAAUAUUUACCGUACCGUUGAAAAAAUCGCCUCAAAUUUCUCAAACCUUUUGUUUUUUUUUUAUCAUCAAUUAUCCAUUAGAAUAGAGAAAAAUCUUCCUGUACAACUAUUAAUUUGUUUUGGAUAACUCGCCUUAACGUUCCCACGCACAGAGAGGUUCUCUGUAGAUCAAUGUAUUCGGGCGCCUGCAACGCAGUUUUAUGCCGAUGCUGGCCGUUCUUGUCAAUUAUGUCCUCUGCUUUCAUUUCCUUAAUCGUUUUUGCAUCUGUUUUUAUGUGCUAUGGAAUCGUAACCUUCUACUAAACGGAGAAAGAGAUACCCGAUGAAGCUUUGGUUCCUCUUCUUCGCUGCAGUCCUCCCGGCAGCUCUUCCUCCUUGGUGGGUCUUCUCUCCAGUGAUGAGUUGAGAAGGUUCUCUCAUCACUGCUGUACUCUUGUUCUCUCGUCUCUCCCCUCUCUACUCGCGCCCGUCAUCGUUAUAGAAUGUGGAAUAUGAUAUUAUUAGAGAUGAUUAGAGUACAAUAUAUAAGGUGAUUACAAAGAUAAACAUAGGUUAGAGAUAUUGACAUUACAACCAUUUCCAUAUCUACAUUUGUAUCUUUAAUACGCCUCCUUAAGAUGGAGGUAAUCUUGUGGCUCCAAUCUUGGAUAUUGAUGUGAUGAACUGUUGGCGAGAGAGUGGUUUUGUAAGAGCAUCAGCCAACUGAUCUUUGGUAGAGACGUGAGACACACGAACCCAAUCCCUCCUUCUUUCUUAAACUCUUCGAGUGAUCAGAACCCAAUUCCUUCUUUUUUCUUAGAGAGAUAAAGUUUGUCCCAUGCUAUCCAAUGCAUACCUUUUGGAUUAGGGCCAGAGCUUCACCAAAAAUUAGAUGUAGCACUAGAUAUCUUUUUACAUAAUCUUUUAAGGAGGAGAUAGCACGACAUUAGGAAUGUCGGAAUGGCUGAUGCUACAGAUUUGAUCAUAACUUCUUUGUUUGCUUUGUUUCAAUGCAUGUACCUCUAAUAUUAUGGGCUACUGUUUAUAUAAUAUUUAUUCACUUAUGACAAUGAAUCAAUGAUCAAAUAAACUUUUGAUUAUUUUAAUAACUAUUAUGUUAUAUGAGAUAUUUUUAUCAACGAAAAUUUUAUAUUUUUUUUAAUUUCAAAUAAAACUUAAAUAAUUUUUUUUUGAUUUUUUUUUAAAAUAUAGAUAUUUUCCUUUUCAUAUUUACAUAUUUGGUAAAAAAAAUAUAGUAAAAGUUAACUAGAUCUAAAUAUUAAGAAAACAUAAAUCAAAGUGCUAUUUUAAUAAUGACAUAUAUAUAUAUAUAUAUAUAAUAUUUUAUAUCAUUAAUGAUAUCUUUCUAAUUAUCGUUUAAAGAAUUGAUAUGAGUAGAACAUAUAAAAAAUUAAUUUCUCAAAUAAAAAUUAUAAAAAUUAAACAUAAAUAUAAAGUGAAUAACUGAUACUUUAGGUUUCAAAAUACUGAUGUGACAUAGAAAAAAAAAACAUAAUGCGGUCAAGAUGUAUAUGAAACAUUUAAUAUUUAUUUAAAAUUUAAAAUGUAUAGCACUAUUUUUUAUGAAACAAAGUACAUAUUAUUUUUAUUUUGACAAACAAAUAAUGCAACACUUGUGAAGUAGCAAUGCUGUGUAUAUGACGCACGCGGUUAACGCGUGGUGAAUGAUAUUUUGACUUUAAGUUGAAAAAGUUUUGACUUGUGGAGAAGUCGGUUGUUUCAAGGCAAAACGUAAGGAUUCCCAAUAAGAUAUAACCACGUGGGAACACGGAGCCGUUAACGGAAAGAGUUAGACGAGCGUUUUCUGUUCAUCCGUUAAAUUAUCGCCGUUAAAACCAAAAGUCUGCCGUUUACCCUUCUGGUCCGGUAAGUAUUUAAUGAGAAAUUUACUCCCCCAUUUAUUGCAAAGAGAAAGAAACUCAGAAGAAGAAAAAAAGAUUAGAGAGAGAAAGUUACAAAACUCCAGACUCUCUAGAGAGAAUAUCAUUCUUGGCCUUUUCUUUCAUUUUCUCGGAAGCUAAAGAAGCUUUCAACGGCAAACCCUAACUGAGAUCUUUGUAACCAUUAGGGGCUGCAAGUGAUGUUGACUAUGGGAGAAGAAAACGUGAUGACUACAGACAACCGAUUUGCUUCGCCGCAGCCGCCUUCUUCUUCUCCGGCAACAAUCCAAAACCCUAAUUUUAAUUUCAACCCUUUCAACUCAUUUUCCUCCGUUAUUCCGAAGGAGGAGCAUGGGAUGAUGAGCAUGAGCAUGCUGAUGAUGAUGGGAGAUGGAGGAGUGGAGGAAAUGAUGGAAAACGGGUCGGCCGGUGGGUCAUUCGGGUCGGGUAGUGAACAAGCAGAAGAUCCAAAGUCCGGAAACGAGUUUGAUGUUGCUGAACUUCAAGACGAGGAACAACCUCCUCCUGCUAAGAAGAAACGUUACCACAGGCAUACUAAUCGUCAGAUCGAAGAAAUGGAAGCAUUGUUUAAACAAAACCCUCAUCCAGACGACAAACAAAGGCAGAGAUUAAGUCAUGAACUUGGACUCAAGCCUCGACAAGUCAAGUUUUGGUUUCAAAAUAGGCGUACUCAAAUGAAGGCACAACAAGACAGAGCUGAGAAUGUGAUGUUAAGGGCAGACAACGAUAAUCUUAAGGCGGAGAAUUCUCAUCUUCAGGCGGAGCUACGGUGCCUCUCGUGUCCUUCUUGCGGCGGCCCCACCGUACUCGGCGACAUUCCUUUCAACGAACUCCACAUUGAGAAUUGUCGCCUCCGUGAAGAGCUUGAUCGUCUAUCCUCCAUAGCUUCAAGAUACACUGGCCGUCCAAUGGAGCCAUCACAGCCGAUGAUCAAUCCUCCUCUAGAGGUUCAACAUCAUCAACCUUCACUGGAGCUUGACAUGAGCGUAUACGCAGGAAACUUUCAAGAACAACCUUGUUCAGACAUGAUGUUGCUUCCUCCACAAGACACUGCUUGUUACCUCCAAGUUCAAACUAAUAACAACAGCAACGGCAACAACAUGGUACUUGCUGAUGAAGAAAAGGUCAUCGCUAUGGAGAUUGCUGUUUCUUGUGUCCAAGAACUUACUAAAAUGUGCAACACAGAGGAGCCUUUGUGGAUUAAGAAGAAAUCCGACAAGAUGGGUGGCGAGGUUUUGUGUCUGAACGAGGAAGAGUACAAGAGGUUGUUCCCAUGGCCAAUGGAGAAUCAUAACAACAAAGGAGAUUUUCGUAGAGAAGCUUCAAAGGCAAACGCAGUUGUCAUCAUGAACAGCAUCACGCUUGUUGACGCGUUUCUAAAUGCUGAUAAGUGGUCGGAGAUGUUUUGCUCCAUUGUAGCUAGGGCGAAAACGGUUCAGAUUAUUUCAUCUGGAGUGUCUGGAGCUAGUGGUUCUCUUCUACUGAUGUAUGCAGAGUUACAGGUACUGUCUCCGUUGGUUCCAACUCGAGAAGCUUAUUUUCUACGCUAUGUGGAACAAAACGCUGAAAACGGGAACUGGGCAAUCGUAGAUUUCCCGAUCGACCAGAUCCAGCCAUUGAGUGCAAACACUCCUCAUGAGUAUAAGAGAAAGCCUUCAGGCUGCAUCAUUCAAGACAUGCCUAAUGGAUACUCACAAGUCAAGUGGGUCGAGCACGUGGAAGUUAACGAGAGGCACGUGCACGAGAUAUUCGCUGAGUAUGUGAAAAGCGGAAUCGCUUUUGGAGCUAGCCGUUGGCUCGACGUGUUGGAGAGACAAUGCGAGAGGAUGGCUAGCUUAAUGGCUAGAAACAUAACUGAUCUUGGAGUAAUUCCAUCUGCCGAAGGGAGGAGGAACAUGAUGAGGCUAUCACAGAGGAUGAUGAAAACAUUCUGUGUGAAUAUAAGCACUUCGUACGGACAGUCUUGGACCGCUCUGUCUGAAACAACCAAAGACACUGUGAGAAUCACGACAAGGAAAGUGUGUGAGCCUGGUCAGCCUACUGGAGUUGUUCUUGCUGCUGUAUCAACCAUUUGGCUUCCGUUCUCCCACGCUAAAGUAUUUGAUCUUCUCCGUCAUCAACAUCACCACUCUCUGUUGGAGGUUUUGUUCAGUGGAAGUUCACCUCAUGAGGUUGCUCAUAUCGCCAAUGGUUCGCAUCCUGGAAACUGCAUCUCUCUUCUUCGAAUUAAUGUCUCGAGCAACUCAUGGCAUAACGUGGAGCUGAUGCUUCAAGAAAGCUGCAUAGAUAACUCCGGCAGCUUAAUCGUAUACUCCUCCGUGGACGUCGACUCAAUUAAACACGCGAUGAACGGCGAAGAUCCUUCCGGUAUGCCGCUUUUGCCCCUAGGUUUCUCCGUCGUCCCCGUGAACUAUCCCGAUCAAGUCGAGGGUGUUUCCGUCAACUCGAUUCCUCUGCCGUCGUGUCUCCUCACCGUCGGGAUUCAGGUCUUGGCGAGCAACGUCCCAACCGCGAAACCAAACCUCUCCACCGUCACAACCAUCAACAACCAUCUCUGCUCCAUCGUCAAUCAGAUCACUUCCGUCCUUAGCAGCACCAUUCCUCCCGCCGGAGACGACGCCGUCGCCAAACAAGAGGUCAUCUAAUGACCAUGACUUCGAGGGUAUUUUGGUAAAUAACGUAGCAUCUAAUGGGACAAGUUUUUGUAUAAUACUCGGUUCAUGGUAAGACGUACGAGAACUCGAGUUUAUGUUUUCAUUUUUUUUUUGGGAGGGUCAAAAUGGUAUUUAAAACUAAAGAAGACAGAGGAAGUCAAGAGCGCACCAGAUAGGUAUGUUGACUUUCUUUUUCCUGUUAACCGGAUUAUCGGUCAAACCGAUCUCCGAUUUAACAGAAAAGUGUAGCUGGUUCGGGUAUUGACUUUCUACUUGGUUUGACUCCUUGGACAAUUCAGUUUAAUAUGGGAUGCUACCUUAUGUUUCGGCUUUUCGUAUUUAUCCACAAUACAUGUCGUUGGCGACUUAAA